AUGAACCCCCUUUCUUUAAUAUGCUACUUGUUCCUCUUUGGUUCAAAUAUAGAAACAGGGUAUUCCUGUUUUUAUUCUUCUACAAAGAAGAAUGAGGGGUCAAGAAGUGUUGUGUUCAAGCUAAAGAAUCUUUUUGGAAGAAAAGAAUUGGCAAAGGAAAAGAAUAUAAUAACAUAUAAUUUUAUAAAAGAUGGAUGUAAUGAAAAAAAUAUGGGAGAAAAUAAGAAUAAGGAAAAUAAUACGGGAUUUGAAGUUACCCAUGUAAAUAGACUUAUAUAUAUUAAUAAUUUCAAAACAUUCAUAUUGAGUGCAUAUAUUCCUUACAUAUAUAUGAGUGUUCGAGAUAUUUAUAUAGUAUUAAAAAAAAUAAAGGAAUUAAAUUUUAAUACAGUAUACACGUUUUUAUUCUGGCCAGAAAAUGAGUAUAUGGAAGAUGCAUACGACAUUACAAAAUCUAAGCUUUUUUAUUUAUUAAAUUUCUGUGCAUCUAAUGGACUUUUUGUGAUACUAGAUAUAGGACCGUAUAUAAAUAAUAUAUAUAAUGCGAACAUCCCCACAUAUAUUUUGUUUAAUAAAAAUUUGAAUGAAUAUAUUAAGAAUGUAUAUGUAGAGAAGAAGAAGAAAAAAAACAAGUUAACAAAAAGAAUAGGAAAAUUUAUCCGUUUUGAUAUAUGGAAUAAUGGAAAAAGAUCUAUAAAUGAAUUUGAUGAAAAUGUGAAAAGGGUUAAUAUAGAACAAGAAAUACAUAAAAAAAAAGUAAUAUAUAAUAAAAGCGAGGAAUCAUUUAAUACGGUUUAUAGUUUAUAUUAUUUUAAGAGAGUUAUAAAAUGGUUUAAUUACAUUUUUCCACACUUGAAAAAAUUUACAAAUAUCAAUAAUGGGCCCAUUAUUUAUGUCAACAUAGACAAAACUUUUGAUAAUUAUUACAUGUAUGUAAUAAUAGAUUUGAAACGAAGAAAAUAUUUUCAAAAUAUUUGUAAUGUGGAUAGUUAUUUUAAAAAUUCCACAUCUUCUAGUGGUAGCAGCAGUAGGACCAGUGGAAGUAGCAGCAUUUGUACGUCUUUCCUAAAUUGUAUUAUAAAUUUUUUCAAACGUGUAAGAAGAAGUUACAUACUAACUCUAGGAUAUCUUCUGUACGUCCGAUUUAACAAAUAUAUGCGAAUUUUAAAUGAAUAUGAAUUGGGGCUAAUAUAUAUUAAUGAGAUUUACAAGAUAGUUCAAAAACAUUUUCAAAAAAUAAAUACAUUGACUACAAAUUAUCCAUUCAUUAAGAAUGAGUUUAUUAGUUCUUAUGCAGGAGAUAAUUGCUACAAUCAUUUUUUUCAUAAUAAUUGGUUUGAUAAUGAAUGCAUCCAAUUAAAUAAACCUUGCAUCUGGUCUCAGGUAUGGACAGGUGCUAAAUACAGUAUACACAAUGUAAAUUCUGGUAGCAUUUUGAAGAGACAUUUCCAGGAUCCCAUAGUUUAUGAUUCUUCUCCAUCAAACGUUUCUCCUGUUAGUGAACUUUUGGACAUCGAUAAUAAACAGUUUAAGAGAUAUCCAAGCAGGCCGUGCGAGGAGUCUACUCCCACGGGGGAGCCUGCUGGUAGCGAUUCAGCUGGUAGCUGCUCUAAUGGUAGCUGCUCUAAUGGUAGCUGCUCUAAUGGUAGCGAUUUUGCUAAUGCCGGUUUUGUAAAGGGCAAUGAUAAGAAGGCUGCAGGGAAGACAGCUGAACAAGAAGCACAUUCCUCAGAAAAGGCCCCCACGGAUGGAAUACGAGUAGGAGUGAAAAGGAUAAAGAGUAGUAGAUACAGCAAGAACAAUUAUAUAGGGCACAUAAGAAAUUUUAAAGAUUUAACAUUUAACAUUUUAGUGUUUAUAGCGAAAGGCGGAGUGUUCCUUAAUAUAUUCCCGUUCUACAGUGGAAACAACAUAAAUAACACACACACAUAUUUGGAACACUAUAGUAAAGAAACUGGUCAACCUUUGGAUGUGUAUUUUAAUCAGAAGGAACCAUUAUAUUCUCAUAUUAAAAAACUUUUUAAAUUUUUAUACAAAUAUGGACAUUACUUACUAAAAAAUGAGGAUUACAUAAGACCAGUUAAGAUAUCAAAGAAUAUUGAAAUGUACAAUUAUGAUGCUAUUAAAAUAAUUUGUAACCAUAAUUUGAAAGGAGGGACAUAUGUAAAGGUUGGUCCUUUAAAUUACAAUAUAAACAGUUUUAGUUGUAUUAUAUAUAACGAACAUAAGAAGAAAAUUAUUUAUGAUUCAUCGUUUAAUUAUAGUUAUGAAAUUUCGUUUGUUAAGAAAAAGGAGGUAUAUUCCCCUAUUGAUAAAUAUUUAUAUUCUUUGAAUGCUGCAACUUUGGGUCCUAUUAUGUGUUUAAAAGAAGACAAAAAUAAAUAUAUAAAAAAUAGCACAAGGGGGAAAUUAUUAUCGAGGAAUAUAAUUAAACAUAUGAACAUUUUUUCGAAUUUUUUCGCAACUAGUUACAUACAUUCUGUACACGAAAUUAAUGUUCUAAAUCAUUUUUAUGUAACCCUGGAUUUUACCAAGUUUCAAUGGUACAUAAUUAAAUUGAAAGAGGAAUUAAACUAUGUAAAAUUAUUUCUUAGCAAUUACAGUUUAUAUGUGUAUGUAUAUGCAGACAACAAAUUUAUAUAUAGCGGAUUUAAUGAGUAUAAAUAUAUCGAAAUAAUAAACGCUAGAAAUAUCUACAUUAUUUGUGUAAAUUUGGGGCUGGGGUUUCCAAAACAGAAUAUAAGAACUGACUUUCUUAAUCACAUAAAUUUAAACGACUUAAAAAACGAUUAUUUUUUUAUUCAAGAUCAAGCUAGCCAAAAUGAAAUGAAAAAAAAAGGACUGCACACCAACCUGAGUCAACAAAAUAGCUACCUCACCUUCAAUGCGCACACUGGAAAAAAAAAAAAAAAAAACAUCGAAGAGAAUGGCGAUAGAAAUGGCGAAAUAAAUGGUGGAAAAAAUGGCGAAAGGAAUGGCGAAAAAAUGAAUGGUGAUAAGAGUAGCAGACGAAAUGGGGAGAAUAAACAGGAAAACAAUUCUGAACAAAAUGAAAAAAAAAAAAAAAAAAUUAUGAACGAGUCAGGCGAUGAACUACAAACAAGUGGCCUCAAUAAAGGGAACAAGAACUUUGCGAAAAAAGAAGUUCGCGAAGAGACCAACAGAGGGACAGAAUCAGAAGAAGGGAAAUAUGGAAACAAAAAUACGAGCAGAAAACAUGGCUACAUUUUUGAGGAUUUGUCGUACGACAUGAACAUUUCUCUCAAAAUGUGGAACAAUCGAAAUGCUCACGACAGCAGCAUGUAUGAUGAAAAUGCACGUAAUGUACAUAAUUAUUAUGAUGCAGAAAGCACAAACACUUUCAUAUUUAUUGUUACAAGGAAUGAAUACGAUUUGUUUAAUUGUGUUGGUUUGCAUGGGGAAAUAAUAAAAAAUGAAAAAAAUGUAGAAAUAUAUAAAAAAUUGUACAAUAUGUUUGAUUAUAAUGAUAUAAAACCACAUUUAAUGAACAAGGUAGAAAACAGACAAAAUGAUGAGAGGGAUGAUGUAUCAAAGAACGUAAGUGAUAAAUGGGAUCACAAUAAUGUGAACUUUGAAUCAUUAAUGGAUAAUAAAAAAACAAAUAUGAAAAGUAUAACCAAUUCAUUUUUAAAAAUGUGCUCGUCUGGAUUUUUUUCUUUUUUUUUUAACAAAAUUAAAUAUUAUUGCAAAACGGGUAUAUUUAAGCAUUUAAAUAAAUUUAGCAAGGUGAAUGAGAAUAAUAUAAAUUCUCCAUUAACUUGGUACACCUUACUGUAUUUUAUAAAAAAUGUAGAUUAUAUAAGAUCUAAAUAUUCGCUAAAAUUAUCUGUGUAUGAUGAAAAAUUAAAAGAAAUUGAUGGAUUGAGUAGAGGAUUUGUCUACAUUAAUAACCACAUGUUAGGAAGUUUUUGGGUAACUGAUGACAAGGAAAGUUACGAAAAUGAAAUAAAUGAAGAACAAAAAUUAAAAAAAAAAAAAAAAAUGAAAAAGGAAAAGAAAAAGAAAAUUCUAACAAAUGAAAAUUUAAUUAGCAUUCCAUUAACCAGAUAUAUGAGAAUACCAACAGACUGGUUAAUCGAAGGAACAAAUGUUAUUAUCGUUUUUGAUGAAUUUGGGGGAAAUCCAUAUAAGGUUGAAAUUAUUAGGGAAGUGUUACAAGGAGGUGUGUAUAGAUUAACGAAGAAGGAGAAAUAUGUUAAUUGGUUUUUGUUUCUCUUCAUUUUAAGUAUUAUAAUUUUCAUUACGUACUUUUUUUUUAAAGCUGUGCAUAAUUAUUUUAAAGCUAGGGAAGAAAAGGAGAGAAAUAAACAGAAUUAUCGAAACAUAAUUGAAAAUAUAAUUACGCACAAUAUUUACGUGAACAGUUCAUACAGCGAUGCGACGGAGGACACAGAGUCUGAAAAUAUUCAGAAUGUCAGCGAAUUUUUGGACUCCUGA